UUCGAAGAACCCCCGUGAGGGGCUAAUUAGUCCUUUAACACAAGUUUUGUUAUCUUGUUGGAAAUAUCUACGCAGGGUUUGUCAUUCCAAAGGAGAGAGAGAGAGAGAUGGAGCUUGAUUUUGCAGAAGGAAAGAUAGCAGGGGAGAAGGUGUUUGGAGAUGUGGUGUUUCCAAAGACAUUAACCCCACCAAAAGGAAAGCAAGGGACAAGUGAUCUUUUGGUAGAGAUGGUGAGAGGAAAUAGAGAGUGGUUGUCUGAACUACUGCACCACCACUCAGCUAUUCUCUUCAGGGGAUUUGGGGUUUGCUCUCCCGAUGAUUUUGCGCGCAUAGUCGAAGCAUUCGAUUGGGAGGGGAUGGAUUACUGAGGUCCGAUUACACGUCUCAAGGUGACUCAUGGAGUAUACAGUGCUAACGAAGCACCCCUUGAUAAAUUUAUCUCCUUCCAUCAUGAGAUGCCACUGGUAAAAAAUUUCCCUUCCAAAAUCUUUUUCUUCUGUUCUCAACCGUCGCCGGAGGGGGGCGAGACAUCUAUCAUCCCUAGCCACGUUAUAGUAGAAAAGAUGGAAGAAAAGGUGCCGGAGUUCGUCGGCAAGGUGUCAAAAUUAGGUGUCACUUUUCCGGCAAAGCUACCAAAAGAGGAUCAGCCUGGAGACAUUAUCAGCAGGUCAUGGAAGUGGCUUUUGAACACUGACGACCAAGAAGAAGCUGAAAGGAGGGCUCUAGAAAGAUUCCGGAUCAGCUCUACCAAAUUCAACCAAGAUGGAAGCAUGGAGUAUGUAUUUGGGCCUUGGAGUCCGAUCGAAGAGUUUGAGGGAAGGAGGGUUUGGUUCAUACCUCUCCCUGACUACUCCAAGGAUACAGAUGACAAGCAAAUGCACUACCGCUUUGGGGAUGGAAGUGCUUUUCCAAUUGAAGCUUUGGAUGCUUAUAAGCAAAUUGUGAAUGACAACAAUGUGGAUUUGAAGUGGCAAAAGGGAGAUAUCUUAUUGGUUGAUAAUCUAUGUGCUCAGCAUGCUAGACGUCCUGGGAAGCAGCCACGUGUUGUGUUGGUAUCUUUAUGUAAAUAAUUAAAAUUAAAAAAUGGUCUGCUUGGGCCCUCCAAAUUCCAAAAAUACGAAGUAGGCCCAUCAAGGAAUUUUCUGGGCCCAUCUAUUUGAAAGAUUGUAAAUAGUAAAUAAAAGACAAACUGAUCAGGUUUUGCAAUUCUGCAUCCAAAGGAGUUGCAUUGAUAGAAUACAAUCUAAGGUUAUACGGUGUUGUUUCACCUUAUUAUAACUCUCCUUCUCCUGAUCAAGGGAUAAUAAUGGGAACUAUGUAAUGCCUGGAUAUCCUAAUUUCCAGCUUUUGUGAUGGUUUGUUCCAUAAGUGUUCAAGAAGAAUAUAGUUGGUUGUAUGGUUUAAUGUUAUUUUUGU